AGAGGCAGCCAUAAUUUGUUAAAAUCAAGUUCAAUCUUUUUAUGCAUCUUAUUCCAUAUAUUUGUCAUUUCCUCUCAUGUAUAAAGAAUGCCAAAGGACAAAUAUGAGCCUCCAGAUAGACGGAGAUGUCACACUAUCAUGUCACCUGAAGAUCUAGCUAGAGGGAAACAAUCAAGAUGGUUUGAGCUCGAAAUCAGCGGUCCAAUUCGCAAUGUGAGUCCAAAACUCUGGGAAUGGCAUCACCUGACCUCAUUAUUCCUUAAUGAUAACAAUCUUCACCUUGUCCCGCCAGAAAUCUGCCGCCUCGAGAAUUUGAUGGCGCUAGAUCUGUCUCAAAAUAAAAUCCGAAGUUUGCCGGCUGAACUCGGGGACAUGUAUCAAUUAAGAGAACUUCUUCUGAAUAAUAAUCAUUUGAGGGUAUUGCCCUAUGAAAUUGGAAAGCUUUUCCAGCUCAUAUCAUUAGGUCUUUCUGGUAAUCCAUUGAAUCCAGAGAUUCUGAACUUGUUUAACGAGCACAAUGGUACAACAAAACUGAUGCAGUAUAUGUUAGAUAACUUAGCAAUUACGUCUAGUCAGCCACCUCAAAGACCAUGGAUUCCUCUUGCAAAUCCCGAGCGCAGGAAGCCAACAGCUAUCUUCACAGUGAUGUGCUACAAUGUUUUAUGUGACAAAUACUGCACCAGUCAGCUCUAUGGCUACACUGCCUCUUGGGCUCUCAACUGGGAAUACAGGAAGAAAGGGAUCAUAGAAGAGAUUAGACACUACAGCGCAGAUAUUAUCACACUGCAGGAAGUGGAAACUGAGAUGUACUUUAAUUUCUUCCUCCCAGAACUCAAAAGAGAUGGCUACGACGGUAUAUUUUCCCCGAAAUCUCGUGCCAGGACUAUGAGCGAAACGGAGAAGAAGCAUGUCGAUGGUUGUGCUGUAUUCUACAGAACAACCAAAUUUGGCUUAAUUAAAGAACAUCUAAUAGAAUUCAAUCAGGUUGCCAUGGCGAAUGCAGAUGGCGCAGAACAAAUGUUAAAUCGUGUCAUGACGAAAGACAACAUUGCGCUGGCUGCUCUAUUAGAAACAAAAGAGGGCGCUUUUGAAAAUGAGGUACCUCCAGAAAGCCAAGUCCGUCAACCAGUCCUAGUGACAACCGCUCACGUUCAUUGGGACCCAGAAUUCUGUGACGUCAAGCUGAUUCAGACGAUGAUGUUAAUGCAGGAAAUCAAACAGUUGGUGAAAGACUACACAACAAGUUUACGUCCUGGGGCCACUGUUCCCGAUGCUAAUUCGAUUCCACUUAUCCUCUGUGGAGAUCUCAACUCUCUACCCGACUCAGGUGUGAUAGAGUAUCUCAGUGAAGGAAAAGUCCCAGCAAGCCAUGUGGACUUCAAGAACAUGGGAUACCUGUCCAGUCUUCAGAAAAUGAAUGCCACAGAUAACAAAGAAAUAUUCUCUCAUGGUUUCCGUAUAGCUAAGGCCUACGAUACUGACAUCAUGCCAUAUACUAACUAUACGUUUGACUUCAAGGGUAUUAUUGACUACAUAUUCUACUCUACGGACCACAUGCGUCCCCUCGGUGUUCUGGGGCCACUGGAUCCGCAAUGGUUCAUCGACAAUAAAGUUAUCGGCUGCCCGCAUCCUCACAUCCCAUCUGAUCAUUUCUCCCUCCUCGUGGAGUACGAAAUGUCCCCAAGUAACAUUCAACUCUCUCUUUCUUCGUCAUCAGGUAGUACGAACAGCACAAAAAACGGCACAAGCAACAAUAACGGACAUCGAUAACGGCAUAUCAAAUUGUCAGUUGUCAGAUAUCUCCAUCUAGUGUACUUUUGAGCGAGUAGCUGGAUUAUGUGGUAUAUGUAUGAUCUGUCCAGUUUAUGAAGCAUGCCGUAACAGGAGCAAUCCAUGGGGGAAUUUCAUUUUGGGAAGAUUUGGAUUUUUAAUAACACAAACAUCAGGUUGACUAUUUUAUUGGAAGUGGACAUAGUUUUGAUGUGUACUAUAAAUUAUAUUGUAUGAAUAUUUGUGAACAGAGUUUUUUAUUGUAAUGCACGGAGCAUAGAUGUUAAAUAUACUAGGUCAAGUAAAUAUUCCUUUGAAGUUAGGCAACUAUUUUCACCAGAAGAGUUUUGUCAAUGAAGGGUUGUUUCCUAAAAUAUUUUAUCAAUUGAGCUUUCCCCUUCAUGGUUUUAAAAUUCUGUUUUAAAAUGAAAACAAUGUUGUAUCAUUAAAUCAAGGAGAAUGUCAGCCAUUCCUUACUUCUACGCAUCUUUCCAUCAAAAUAUUUUUGUAUUUGUUUGUCUUAAGUGAUGGUGAUCUGGUAGGAUGCGUAAAAGAUGGGAAAAACAGGCAAUAUGAUAAAGGCUCCUUUUCAAAGUACAAGUACAUGCAUUUCAAUCAUAAACU